UGGUGAUUCGAGGCUUCAGCUCUAGGCGAGAGAGGAGGCCGGGAAGAGCCGAAAAACGCGCCCAUGAUUGGCUGGCCAGAGGCACUGAGACCCUCAUGAUUGGGCCGGCUGAGUCGCAGGGCGCAUUUUUGAACCGCGUAGGGUUCUGGGUAACAGAGGCCUCGGAAGGGUCUUAACCGAAAAGGGGAAGGGGGAGGGGGUCGCGAACAAACGGCUGAGCUCACAAUCCCGGCCACUACCAGGCUGAAACGUCCCCCUCCCCCUAUGGAGACAGCCAGGCCUGAGCCACCGCCUCAGCCACCGCCUCAGCCGCGCCAACUGCCGCGGGCGACGCCUCUGCGCCCUUUGCGCCCCGCUCCACCCUUGCUGCUGGUAGAGGGGAUAACCUUUCGGGCAGGGGCCUCCGAUCCCUUGCCAUCGCUGCCUGCCCCGUUCGCGGCCGCCCUGGCCUCGUCCUGUGGGGAGGCUCCGGCGUCGGGCAUACAGCCCAGGACGCGGCGGCUGCUUCAGGUGAAGCCGGAGCAAGUGUUGCUGCUGCCCCAGGGGCCACUACUGUCUCAGGUCCAGGACGAGGGCCCCGCCGCCCCUCCCGCGCAGGCUCAGGCGCGGCUGCUGCAGCUGAGACCCGAGCUGCUGCUGUUGCCACCGCCCAUGUCGGAAGGCGCCCACUACAGGCCCAAGCUGCUCCCAGUGCAGCCCCAGGAGCCACAGGUCAAGGCCCAGAAGGCAGAGCUGGGCCCCGGCUUGGACCCGUCGGUGGGACCUCGGAGGGCCGUCGAGGCUGGUCCUCGAACCUCCAGGGCAGCCAAGGUGGACAGCUCCGGGCCGGCCCUCUAUAGCCACAGAGGGGAUGAGAAGAAGGGCAAGCUGGGGGCAGAGGAGGUCAUGAGGGAUGCGGCGACGGGCCCCGAGGGCAAAAGUGUGGCCGCUGUCGGGGACAGAGCCAUCAAAGCCGAGGAUCCUGAAGGACUCCGUGAGGACUGCAGGCAGAGGACGGAGCCUGCGUCCAAUGGCCCGGUCCAUGGCAACAGCGCCUUUGGGCUGCAACAGCAAGACCUCAGGAUCCCUUUGACCCUCCACUCCGUGCCCCCGGGGACCAGGAUCCAGUUUCAGGGACCUCCAUCUUCAGAUCUGAUACGGUUGGCCAAGGUCCCCCUGACACCAGUGCCUAUUAAAAUGCAAUCCUUACUGGAACCAUCUGUAAAAAUUGAAACCAAAGAUGUCCCACUCACCGUGCUUCCGUCAGACGCAGGAAUACCAGAUACUCCCUUCAGUAAGGACAGAAAUGGUCAUGUGAAGCGACCCAUGAAUGCAUUUAUGGUUUGGGCGAGGAUCCACCGGCCAGCACUAGCCAAAGCUAACCCGGCCGCCAACAAUGCAGAAAUCAGUGUCCAGCUUGGGUUAGAGUGGAACAAACUUAGUGAAGAGCAAAAAAAACCUUAUUAUGAUGAAGCACAAAAGAUUAAAGAAAAGCACAGAGAGGAAUUUCCUGGUUGGGUUUAUCAGCCUCGUGCAGGGAAGCGAAAACGCUUCCCGCUAAAUGUUUCCAGUGUAUUUUCUGGUACCACACAGAAUAUUAUCUCUACAAAUUCUACAAAAAUUUAUCCUUAUCAUUCACCUACCUACUCUGUGGUAAUUCCCAGCCUACAGAACACCGUCACUCAUCCAGUUGGUGAAGCCCCACCUGCCAUCCAGCUGCCCCCACCUACAGUCCAGAGCCCAAACCCCAUCACACUUUUCCAGCCCAGUGUCUCCAGUAAUGCCCAGGUGGCCAUCCAGGCUCCAAGUCUGCCACUGUGCCCGGCAAUUCCACCUCAGUGCUUUCCUGGGCCUUCCCAAGCCAACACAAAUCUGCAGCCUUCUGGACCCAGUCACUCUGUGAAGAGACCCACUCCUGUCCCUCUCGAGAGCAGCAACAGUAUUUCAACCAGCGCAAGUACUGUCAAUGCCAGAUUUGCAGCCCCAACCAUUCAACCUCCCAAGGAGUACUCCGGUGUUUCCACAUGUCCCAGAAGUGCUCCCAUCCCCCAGGCUUCUCCCAUUCCACAUUCACAUGUCUACCACCCACCUCCCCUUGGCCAUCCAGCCACACUGUUUGGGAUGCCACCACGAUUCUCUUUCCAUCACCCUUACUUCCUACCUGGACCUCACUACUUCCCAUCAAGGUCCAUGACAGACAUUACCAGUCAGUCACCGAGCUCCUGCAUUCCAUCAAACAUCCCUUAUCACAGACAUGGUUCAGGGAGUCCCUAAAAUGACAUGGAGUUGUACUCAAGGACCAGAACCUCUGUAAUGGACAAAAUCAUCAUUAAAUAUGGUUAUUUCUGGAUGGCACCAACAGUUUAAUAGUUACAGCUGAUUGUGAGGAAAUUUCCAGUUCCAGUGAUAUGCGGCUUUUUCAUUCAACAGAGUUAAAAUCUUGUUCUAAAGAGGACCUAGAGUUCCACAUUAAGAAACAACGGAAUGGGCCAGAGUAUUGAUACUGAUCAAUAAGCUUCAAGAGGUGGGAAGGAAUUAAUGGGCUUAGAGGUCCUUGGAGACUCUCCCUAAAUCAAGUGCACAGGUAUCUGCAGCAGCAGUUUUUUAUUCUCUGUGUGCCUGUGCCUUUCACUAUUUCUUGUUUUAAACCCAUGGUUCCAUCUA